AUGUCAGUGCAAACUGUGCCUAGAGCAAUGCCCUUAAUGGACAAGCAGAAUAGCACACGAAUAGUAACGCCCACACUACCUCCUAAUCAACAUAGAAAUAUAUCAGGCGCGUCCACCAAUUUGCCCUCACCCUUAGAACGCAAGAAUUCACGGAGGUAUAUUUGGAAUAGGAUCAAAUUGAAGGACUCUCCAUUUCCCCGUUAUCGCCACUCUUCCUCUUUUAUAACUACUAACGAUAAUAGGAUUUUUGUGACCGGCGGACUUUAUGAUCAGUCAGUAUAUGGGGAUGUUUGGGAAAUAACUGCUAAUGCAAAUGGUACGAGCUUUACUUCCAAGAGGAUACAAAUUGAUCACAAUACGCCUCCUCCCAGAGUAGGACAUGCUUCUACUAUGUGCGGUAAUGCUUACGUAGUAUUUGGCGGUGACACACACAAGCUAAAUAAGAAUAGAUUGCUGGAUGAUGAUCUUUACCUUUUCAAUAUUAACUCUUAUAAAUGGACCAUCCCGCAUCCUAUCGGUUCUAGACCGUUGGGAAGGUACGGCCAUAAAAUUUCUAUAAUUGCAAGCAAGCAGAUGCACACUGAAUUAUAUUUGUUUGGCGGACAAAUAGAUGAAACCUAUUUCAACGAUCUGGCGGUGUUUGAUUUAUCAUCAUUCCGUAGGCCAAAUUCUCACUGGGAAUUCUUGGAACCUAUCAGUGCCCUACCUCCCCCUCUGACAAACCAUACAAUGGUGACCUUUGAUAAUAAAUUAUGGGUGUUUGGUGGGGAAACGCCGAAGACAAUAAGCAACGAUACAUACUGUUAUGAUCCAAUACAAAACGCUUGGUCUAAAGUUGAAACUACGGGUGAAAAACCUCCACCAGUGCAAGAGCAUGCCAGUGUGGUAUAUAAACAUUUAAUGUGUGUGUUUGGUGGUAAGGAUAUCCACAACACGUAUUCCAAUGAUGUUUAUUUCUUAAAUCUGCUAUCGCUUAAAUGGUUUAAACUUCCCUGUGUCAAGGAAGGCAUACCUCAAGAACGAUCUGGACAUUCUUUAACCUUGAUGAAUAAUGAAAAGCUUGUUAUUAUGGGUGGUGAUAAAUUUGAUUACGCCAGCUCAAAUAUUCUCGAUAUGCACACAUCGGAAGUUGACCAAGGAGGAGGAACUUUAUUGUAUACUCUAGAUCUAUCGUCUUUAGACGAAUUAUGUCCGGGGAUAAUGAGCGAAUCGCUGCUUGUACAAGGAAAUGUUCGUACUAUUCCCUCUUGGAACUCUGAAACCUCUAAUACUGUUGAAAACGAAAACCAAGAGAUGAUAAAUAUUCUUACACCAAAAUUACCUAAUACUAAAACGGCAUUUACCAACGAUAUCGAUGAAGAGCCCCGAGAUUAUACCAGUUCUUUUGAUGAUAAGACACUCCCAUACCAGAAUAAUACAACGGAAAAGACACCGCAGUCUUCCAAAUCGGGCAAAACCACUGAUAACAAGUUUGCAACAAAUGAAAAAAGACCUGAGGCUGGUAUUGAAGUGACGAAUGGUAAUCUUACUCUUCCACAAGGACUGGCAAUAUAUGAAGAAGAGUACACCCGUCCCUCAGUCGGUGAUUCCUCAAGUGAUAAAGUAAUUCCUAAAACCCUCUAUGAUGAUCUAAGCUUGCACAUAAAAACAUUGCAUCUCGAAGCGCAGCAAAAGGAACUCGAAACUGCGAGACAUAUAUCUGAAUUGGAAAAGGAGCUCCAGAGGCUUACAGUUAUCAAAGAAGCUUCAAAAGAUUCCAAUUUUCAAAUGGCACGGCUUAAAAAUUUAGAAAUCCAGAAGACCUUUUUGAAAUCCAGAAUCAAUGAUUUGGAAAAUUUAAUAACUGUAAAACUUUCACAAGUGAAUGAAAUCCGUGGAAAAAUUACGGUUCAGAAUAUUAAACUCAAAACGGAUUUUGAAGGUGUCAAUAUUAAGAAAGAUAUUGUUGAUCUUGAAAAUAAAUGUGAUGUUCUGAAGCGUCAAAAUGAAAUACUUGUAAGUAAGAUGCAGAAAGAGAACCCUAAACUUCUCACUUGUUUGGAAGAUUCAUCUCAUCGUUUGAAUAAAUUAUUAAAAAUGUAUUCUGCUAGUAUCCAACUCUCUUCUCACAAGAAGAACGAAAUAUAUGAAAAAGAACCACUGAUAAAAAUAGAAAAGAUUGUUAAUGAAAUGCAUGAGACCGCACGUAUCAAAGAAGAAUUACAACUUGAAGCCCAGAAGGUUUAUAAUGAAAGAGACAUUUUGCAAGCUGGCUUGGUGGAUAAAAGCAACAAGCUGGAUGCUUUAAAAAAAAUAUCUGCCGGAAGUUCGAAAUCUAUGAGCUUGACCAAAAAAGCCAUUGACUUAUCGCGAUCAGAGCUCGAAAAAUAUCAUAAAUGUAACAAUACUUUGCAGCAGGAAAUCGAGCGGAUUAGAUCUGAACAAGAAAUACAGGAUAAAAAACAAGGUAAUAAACAAGAGCAGCACAACACAACCACUUACAACAAUUUAGAAGCGCUACACAGGAUGAAAGUGAACAAUCUAAAAGCGGAGCUCUAUAUUUCGAAGGGAGAUAGAGACUCCCUUAAGGACGAGCUGUUAGUUUUGAAGAAAAGAUUAUACACUCUUAAACAAGCUCAACAGCCACAAUAA